AUGAGUACAAAUUUUACAAACAACCUUCACGGUGACGACUUCCUCUCUCAGUCGUGUGAGAGCGAAGUGGAGAAUACUCUGAGUCAGCUUGGCCUUACCGAAGACCAGCUACUCAGUAGUUCGCAGGAGAAGAUGGAAAUAUCCUGCCCCUCAACGCCUACCUCCCGGAGCAGCACAUGUUUCGACAAAGCUGAUCCAGAUCUACAACACCCCUCAUCGACCGACUCCAACCUGCUGGACAUGGAAGAUAACGAAGAUGUUGGUAUACGGAUCGUCAUCAACCCCCAAGAAUCUUUAGCAAGUAGCAAAGGAUCCGAAGAUAACAAGGGUUCUACGGAAGCUAAGGGGGCUCCGAGUAAGAAAUUCCCCACACUCACACGCUCGCAGAGGAAGCAGCUUAGAACUCUCCGGGAGAAGGGAAAAGACCGGAAUGAGGCCUUGUCCAUAAUCCUGAAUAAGGAGAGCGAGCCCACUUCCUCAAAACGCUCGAGAAACGACCUAGAUAAAUCCGCCACAGAGGACCCCAAACAAAAAAGGGUGAAACACCAUCUGGAUCCGAGAGAGCGCGCCCAACAGUCCACAAACAGUGCGCCUCAGAAAAACGUGUCUGGACAACAAAACCCACCCAUGAGGAAAACAGCUGGUAUCAGCUACAGUGAUAUGGCCAAAAGCGUGAAGGUCGGGAUAAUACCCAAAGACUUUCCCACCGUCCAACUCACUACAGCCCAGCUAGACCUUCUACAAGAAGCACUUCUGCUCAGAGUAGUUCAACAACGAAACGAGCCAAUAAAACCCAAAUUCAACAACCUCAUCUACAAGUCCGGUUACAUGGGUCUAAUCUGUAAGGAUCAAGAGACUGCUGAGUGGUUAAAGAGAAUAUCCCCAUCCAUGAAACCCUGGGAAGGUGCAGAGCUGAUGGCAAUGGACGAAGUGGCGAUUCCACGUCCAGAGAUGAUCCGAGCAUUCUUCCCACAAAGCUCCAGCUAUGACGACGACCGAAUAAAGGCUCUCAUAGAAAGCCAAAAUGACAUCACAACAACUAAUUGGCGUAUUGUGAAACGAUCCAUUCUGAAAGACAUUCAUGUCGAAUGGAUCUUCACAGUAGAGGGUGCGUCGAUGGAAAAGUUGAAGAAGUCCAAAUACACCCUCAACUACCGAUUUGGUGAAAUCCAACUAAGGAAGAUUACAGAUCAACCGACUGCCGAUACCGCCAAUCCGACUGGAAGGCCGACCCAAGAGCAAUCUGAGGAGGCCUCCUGUUCGGGCAAGGUUAGUAAAUCUCACCCCAAAAGCACCAUAAAGGCUAGUCAGUCCGCCUCUAAAGGAAAAGCUCGAAGCUUACAUGCGACUCCCUGCUCUAGUGGUACCAAACCAAAGGUAUCUAAACAGGGCAAAGGGAGUGCAAAAAGCGACAGUUUGACCACAGAGGCGAAACUGGCGGGCCAGGUCGCUACAGGGAAGAGAAACAACCCAAACUGUAACACCAAACGACACCCUGAUGAUCCGCAACAUCCAAAGCCGGAUAGUCGUCGUCCGGAAAAAAGCGGUAACCCCGGAAAUGGCGACUAA